AUGCUCGCCCUGGGCCGCAGCGGCGCGGGAUGCCUCAACUUCCCGGACUCCGCGUGGCUGCUCGCCGUGCCGCCGCCGUCCGCGCUCUCGGGCCUGGACGACGCACGCCGGGCGGCGCUCGAGGCCGUCGCGGAGUUCCAGCGCCGCUUCGGCGGGGCAGCAGCCGCCGGUGCGUCCGUCGACGAAGCGACCUCGGGCGUGUCUCCUCCCUCACCUUCGUCGUCGUCGCUGCCGGGCAUUUCCUCUGGCUCGCCCGCAGCGCCGGAGCUUGAGCAGGUACCUGUGAAGGCCGGUGAAAUGGUGGCGGCGUUGGACGGCGACGUGUUCGAGCACGACUGGUUCGGGGACAUGGACUUGGAAUUGGAUGUGUACUACGCCAGCCUCGCGGAAGGGCUCCUCGUGGAGCCGCCACCGCCGGCGGCCGCCUGGGAUCAUGGCGACUGCUGUGACGCCGGAGCUGACGUCGCCCUCUGGAGCUACUAA